AUGGAGGCACUACUAGCUCUUACUAUUGUUGGACCUGCUCCCAAAUGCGAGGCCCCUUAUAUUGUGGCGAGAGUAGAGGUUGGCUCUCUAUUUAAGGGGUCGAGUGUACCUAGCUUACAGGUCGUCUCCCAUCGUCUGUCAGAUGUUGCGGAUUCUACCCUUUGGGAGGAUGUUGGUGGUGAUACUAUUGGUGGACACUUAAGCCGAAAACGCAACAUCAAUCCUUUUACCGCUACGUCACCUAUUGCUAUUUAUAUUUCUGAUGGUGACAAGUUUUCAGCAUCAAAUCUGGUUUAUUCACACCGUCAAUGGAAAAAAAACGCUGCAGGAGCUUGCGACACCUCACCCUCGGCUUCGGAUAAUGAACGGUCGAAGGUGGCACCUGUGUUGUCCUAUGGUAGCGGCUCUAACCUAUCUGAAUCAGGUGUCGUGGCUCAAUCUACUGACGCCAUGGACGCUACCAUUAGGGCUUUCGCUAAGACACACAUCGCAUCUUAUCUUAGACUGGGUGAGCUUGGCCUUACUGAUCUUCGCCAAUUGUAUUCUCAGGAGGAGGACACUGUUCUAGACGACGACAUGGAGAGCGACGUGUGA